AUGCCACCCUCCCAUUCGUUGCAGUUUGACGACGUGGCAGCAGGGGAGGAGGACUGGCGGCAGGUUCUCAGAAGCUUCUGGACCGACUUCCAACCGAGAGUGGAGGAAAUGCACAAGCUGUCUCCGCAAGCGGUGAGUGUUGGAGAAGUGGCGAGAGGAGGGGAGAGGGGAUUAGAGGAGAGGGAGAGUACUGCCAGUAUUUGGUCGACAGGUGAUAAAAGUGAGUAUUUGAGACGUCUCUCAAAAGCCCCCUUUUAUCAGGUGGGGUCGGCAGUGCAGGUGACUCUGGGUGAUGGGCUGCUGGUGGAAGCAGGACAGACCUACUCAAAAGUACUGGCCAAAGCGAUUGCUGAACACUUCCUUGUUUACGUGCUCUCUUCCUGCCCGUGUCUGCCCGUACAGGUGGGGUCGGCAGUGCAGGUGACCCUGGGUGAUGGGCUGCUGGUGGAAGCAGCAGAGACCUGUGGCAGCGGAGAGCUGGAAUACAACUUCUCAAGCCGAGGAGUGGGUCUCUUUGUGGGCUGCUCCGCCUAUCCCACAUGCCACUUUAAAGCCCGAGUGGUGGAGCAGGAGGGGAAGGCGGGUACCCUAGCUGUGGCAAUCGACCCAGUGGCACACAUUAUAGGGGAGGACCCAAGCACAGGGGCUAAGGUGAGAAGGGAAGAGGGGGGAGGGAGGGAAUGGGAAGUGGGGGUGGGUGGAUCAUGGCUGUGUGCUUUGGCAGUGGCAGUCGACCCUGUGGCGCACAUAGUAGGGGAGGAGCCAAGCACAGGGGCCAAGGUGAGUGGUGCGCCUUGUGAACACUCUUUGAAGCAUGGGAUGCAUGGGAUGGGCAAUGGGACUGCCAGCUCUCUAGCAGUGGCAGUCGACCCUGUGGCGCACAUAGUAGGGGAGGAGCCAAGCACAGGGGCCAAGGUGACUAGUGAGCCUUGUGAACACUCUUUGAAGCAUGGGAUGCAUGGGAUGGGCAAUGGGACUGCCAGCUCUCUAGCAGUGGCAGUCGACCCUGUGGCGCACAUAGUAGGGGAGGAGCCAAGCACAGGGGCCAAGGUGACUAGUGAGCCUUGUGAACACUCUUUGAAGCAUGGGAUGCAUGGGAUGGGCAAUGGGACUGCCAGCUCUCUAGCAGUGGCAGUCGACCCUGUGGCGCACAUAAUAGGGGAGGACCCCAGCACAGGGGCCAAGGUGAGUGCUCUAGUGGGGGAAGGCUACUCUAGUGGUGGAGCAGGCGGCGAAGGCGUGCUCUCUGGCUGUGGCGAUCGACCCCGUGGCACACAUUAUAGGGGAGGACCCAAGCACAGGGGCCAAGUGGGGCUGACAGCACUGCACUUUAGCAGUGGCAUGGCUAUCGACCCUGUGGCUCACAAACUAGGGGCGGAUCCAAGCACAGGGGCUAAGAUCUGGCUUAAAGUGGGUCCCUAUGGCGCGUACGUCGAGCGAUCGUCGUACGGCAAAGUCUCCAAAGUCAACCGAGCGUCCCUGCCGCCGGGCACGCAUCCCGACUCGGUUGAUCUUCCCAAGGCCCUUGAGCUUCUCGCAUUUCCUCGGACCAUCGGGCCACACCCAGAGGGGGGAACCGUGCUUCUCUGCAACGGUCCCUUUGGCUUUUACGUGGAGCAUGAUUACCCCGGAAUCGGGCUCAUCAGAGCAUCUCUGGGCACGAGCUUCAUUAGGCACGCAUCGGGCUCAUCAGAGCAUCAUUGGGCACGCAUCGGGCUCAUCAGAGCAUCUCUGGGCACGAACGUGAGUAUAGACGAUGUGACUCUAGAGAGCGCCAUCGAGCGCUUACAGGUGAAGCAGGCACGGGCAGAGAGGGCCGCUGCAAAGAAGGCUGCCAAGGCUGCAAAGACGGGCAAGGGGAGCAAGGCGGGCUCAGCAGAAACAAGCACAGAGGCUGGGAAAGUGGGAGAGAAAGAGGCGACCAAAGAGGCGAGAAAAAGAGCAAGCAAAGAGGCGGGUAAAAAGGCGAGCAAGAAUGCAGGUAAGGACAAGAAGGGAGAGCUGUUGCAGCAGGAGGAGGUGAAAGGAGACGGGAUGGGAGCUGGUGGCGCAGGGACAGGAGGGAAGGCAGUGAGAGUGAAAAAGGGCAAGGAGGCGGAGGAGAGGGAGGGGAGGGGGGGAACGGCUCAAGAGUUUACACGUGAGGAGCAGCAGGAACGGAGAGGAAGCAAGGGAGGAGCAGAGGUUGCACGGCGGAACCGACUUCCUAGAAGGCCGUCGGAACAGCUGAAGGAGAUCAUUGGGAAGGAGCACGAGCAACUGAGCAUAUUCGAAGCAGCACGGCUAGUGUGGGACUUUGUGAAAGCCAAUAAUCUCAAGACCGGAAAAAACACAGCAGCGUUUGACGAGAGGCUAAGGGAGCUCUUUGGAGUUGACGAGGCGCAUUCCACCAAAGUGCCAGGGCUGCUGCUGCCGCACAUGCAGGAAGUUGCUGAAGCGGGGAAGGAAGCUUCUGAAGUGGGGAGGGAAGCUUCUCUAGUGAGGAAGGAAGCUUCUGAAGUGGGAAAGGAAGUUGCUCAGGCUGAAGAGGGAUCUGGAAAGGAGGGAGAAUCGGCCAGGGAAGGAGGGAAGGAGCGUGGUCAAGAAACAAGCAAGCUGAAAGGGCCUAGAAAGCAAGAAAGCAAGGCAGUUGGGAGGAGCAAGGUGACAACAGAUGUGGAGGCUGGAGAAGAGGCUGGAAAGGAGGGAAAAGCGGCCAGGGAAAGAGGGGAGGAGGACCAGGAGCGAGGGGAUACUGAGGAGGGGGAGAGGGGGAAGGGGGAGACAGCUCAAGAGGUCAAGCUUCGGCCGGAGCAGCAGCGCAUGAAAGUUCUGGCAAGCCUUGGAGGAGCAGAGAUUGCACGGAGGAACCGGCUUCCCAGAAGGCCAUCGGAACAGCUGAAGGAGAUCAUUGGGAAGGAGCACGAGCAGCUGAGCAUAUUCGAAGCAACACGGCUAGUGUGGGACUAUGUGAAAGCACACAACCUCAAGACGGGAAGCCGCACAGCAGCCUUUGACGACAAGCUGAGGGCCCUCUUUGGGGUUGACUCGGCGCAUUCCACUAAAGUGCCGGGGCUGCUGCUGCCGCACAUGAAGGAAGUUGAGAGCUCUGACGGUGCUCUGAUUGCUGAAAGCCCUGAUGGGGCUCCCUUUGGGGUUGACGGGGCACAUUCCACGAAAGUGCCGGGGCUGCUGCUACCACACAUGCAGGAAGUUGCUGAAGCGGGGAGGAAAGUUUCUCAAGUGGUGAAGGAAGCUUCUGAAGUGGGGAGGGAAGCUGCUCACGUGGGGAAGAAAGCUUCCAAAGUGGGAAAGGAAGCUUCUGAAGCGGGGAAGGAAGCUGCUCAAGUGGUGAAGGAAGCUUCUCAAGUAGGGAAGGAAGCUUCUCAAGUGGAAAAGGAAGCUUCUAAACUGGGCAAGGAAGCUGCUAAAGUAGGGAAACAGAGCAAUUAUGUCAGAGCAAGCAAGGGAGGAUCGGAGCUUAUUCGUCUGAAGCAGCUUCCCAGAAGGCCGUCUGAGCAACUGAAGGAGAUCAUUGGGAAGGAGGCCAACAACCUUCAAGCCGGACCCAACUCAGCAGCGUUUGACGACAAGCUGAGGCUUCCCUGUGCUACUUGCCUCCCUCCCUCCCUCCCUCCCUCCCUCCCUCCCUCCCUCCCUCCCUCCCUCCCUCCCUCCCUCCCUCCCUCCCUCCCUCCCUCCCUCCCUCCCUCCCUCCCUCCCUCCCUCCCUCCCUCCCCUCCCUCCCCUUCCAUAUCCUCACAGCACGAGCAGCUGAGCAUCCUCGAAGCAACGACCCUUGUGUGGAACUACAUUAAAGCCAACAACCUUCAGGCUGGACCCAACUCAGCAGCCUUUGAUGACAAGCUGAGAACCCUCUUUGGGGUUGAUGAGGCUCAUUUCUUUGGCCUCCAAAAGCUUGUAUCGCAGCAUAUGCAGAUUGUUGGUAGUGAGGGGAACAGGUCUAAGCAGGACUCAGCAGGGCAGGACUCAGCAGGAAAAGGAAGAGGAGCAGCAAAAAAAACAGCAAGAGUAGCAGGGGCAGGAACAGGGGCAGCAGAAGCAGCGGGAGCAGCAGGAGCAGUGGGAGGAGCAGGAGAAGUGGGAGCAGCAGGAGCAAUGGGAGCAGCAGGAGCAGUGGGAGCAGCAGGAGCAGUGGGAGCAGGUCGAGCAGCAAAACAAAAAGGAGCAACAGUGAAGGCCACAGCAGGAGGUGAUGGAAAGGAGGCUGGUAGUAGCUCAGGGAAAGGAGAGGCCCCUGCUAGACAACCAUCCCCAAUGCUCAAGCAGUUUCUGGGACUUGAGCAUAACUCUCAAGGAGGCGGGUCAGCAGGUGUGGCAGCGAAUUAA